GCCGGCCAACAGUCGAACUGAUUGGUCGACCGUCUCUUGUCACUGCCGUUUUUUGUGCUCAGGACAGAUUGAAGUGCGGCCCUUCUGUCUCCCCGACAGUUCUUUCGAGCUUAGAGCCUCCACCGCUCGGGCCAUGGCACCGAAGGCGAUCCAGGAUGCUGCCCCACAGACACGCCAAGAGAAGCGGAUCGCAAAGCUGAGCGUCAAGAAUAGGCUCUUGAGCUUUAGGGUGAAGUUGCAGACUCGUCGGAUCAAAGCAUUGCGGACAAAACUGCAAUGCAUCAGUAGGCUCAUCGUCUCAACUGUCAGGCAUGACGAUGCAGCCAACACUAGGUUCAGGGACGGGCCGCCAGGGCAUGGAGAUGGCUCCUCUUCAGACUGAGAGAGCUCCGAGUGCUGGCCCGUCCCUGUUCCCACGCCUUUUCAUUUCAGUCUGUUUCAUUCUGCCUCUCUCCACCCUCCUUCCCCUGCGUCAAUUUUGACGGCCGUGGCAGUCCUUCACGGGGCUAGAUCUCCACGAGAUAGCGUGCCCCCGCGGCAGUGCCACCGCUCUCGCGCGGUUCUCUGCGCGGAGCGUGCGGGAAGUGUCCUCCCCCGUGCCGCGCGGCGGAGCCCGAUGGCCCUUCUGACAGCUCCCUUUGCGGCAAGAUCCUUUCGCCCAACGGCUGGCUGUUUUCCUGGUCGCGGUGCUGGGUCGCAUUCGUCUGCCGAGGAGCUCAUCACCUCGCGGGGCGCGCGGCUCUGGAAAAGCGGCUGUCGUCUCCUCUGCAAGAGCGCCGUGCGCAGGUUUACUGGGUCGCGGCUCACAUCGGCCAGCAGGUCGGCCUCGGGCCGCGCAGGGCUGCGGGGGAAUCAAACGUUCAGGUGGCUCUGGCCCACGGUGGCCGCAAGGCUCAGGGCGAACCGGAUUGAGCCAGAGUCCUCGAUUUCAGCAGCUGUGGUACACCCUGCGAGUCGGGGAGGACCUAGAAGCGCGGUACCCGAGUGGAGUUGGGUAUCCUUGUGCCGCUGAGGGUCAUGCUGCGUCGAUUCCGCGUGUUCAAGAUGCUGUGCGUAGCUUUGUUCGCGCAGUGCCCGCGCACUUCAGUCUCGUCCUCAUUCCCAUCCCGACCCUCCUCAUCAUCCUCAUCUUCUCCUCAUCCUCAUCAGGCGUAUCUCAAGUGAGAAGCUUCAGCAGCGCACGCAUGUAGCGUGCGGCGCUGCUUCAGGCGAUGUCUCUGCUUCGGGUCGUGGUGGUUAGCAUCCCAGUCUUUUGCACUGCCCUGUACGAUAGCAGCUUGGACUUCAGAAAUGUGAAUGUGAUAGACGACCGACGGCAAACGUUUUGUGCUCGACAGGCGGCGUUGGCGAAUGGUUCGUUACAGCUCUCACAGGCCUUGGAGGGACUUCACCUCAAUUUUGUGGCUGCUCUUUAUGAUCCAGCAUGGAUCGAUGAACCCGUGAACAAUAGCGACCCAUCGCUCAUGACAGGCUUUCACGUGGAUCUAGCUAAACGGCUCGCGGAGAUAGGACAGUUUACAUAUACAAUCCAUUCCGUCCCAUUGAGUUCGUUUUCGCCUGAACUGUCUUGGACUGAAUAUUUAGACGCAUCCACACGGAAAUUCGACCUGAAUCUGGAUUAUUGGCUGGCCACUGAUGAAAGAGCUGCACUUGGGUUGCAACCUCCGCUGUCGUUCUUGGAUAUGUCUCUCGUGCCAGCUGUUUAUGGGGAGUACGACGAAGCAACGAUCAUGGAUCGUUUCAUGGCAUUUGCCCGGCCUCUGUCUGGACCAUUGUGGGUGGUAUUUCUUGGGCUUUCUGUUACAACGUCGCGGAUUUUAUUUGUUCGAGAAGGACUACUCGAAUGAUAUGUGGGAUCAGAGUGACAAAGGGCACAAGAAGUUGCUGAACAGUCUGUUCAUGGGAAUGACGUCCUACACUGGGAGCCAGCCGUUUGCACCAAGAACCAACACAGGCAAGAUGCUGAGCCUGACGUAUUCGUUCUUCAUAUUGCUACUUGUCUCUGCGUACACUGCGAAUCUCGCGGUGUUUCUGGUGGUCGAGCAGAGCGUGAACGUCUGUAACAGUUUUGACACGUGUGUCAGCGACGGCAGACAUGUUUGCGUAAUGGGGGGGACGGAGCUCGACGAGUGGCUGACUGGGUCAUACGGGCAUCUUGAUAGGAGCCACAAGGUUGUGCGGACUACCGCUUCCCCCUGGUCUGGGCUUGUCGACGGAGAGUGCGACAUCGUUGUGGACAGUGUCAUUGGGUACGAGAUUGCCAAAGUGAGCAAGGACAGCAACCCCGACUGCACCUUGAGCCGAUCGGGUGAGGCGACACUGCAGCACUACGGCGGCGGCUGGAUGACGAGGACCGACUACGCCGACAAGUGCACGCCGGUCCUGCGCGACGCCCUGGCCGUGCACAUGCUCACGCUGUCGACCAGCGGCGAGAUCCAGGGGAUGCUGGACUCAUUCCUGAGGGCCCAGCAGUCACAGACCGCCUGCGCUGACUCUGACGGGAAGGUCAGCACGGAGGUGGAGGGCCUUGACUGGGACGCGAUGCUCGGCCCCCUCGUGAUCCACGCCAUCGGGGUCGCCCUCGCGUUCGCUCUCUACAUCUUCCGCAUCUUCCGCAAGAGAAGGCGCCGCUCGAAGGAGCCCGCCGAGCGUGAGGACGACGAGGUCGCCAGGGACGUGUGCCACGUGAGGGAGCAGCUGGACAGGCUCGUCAUGGCCGUGCUCGCCGACCCCGCGGCGCUGCUCCCGCGCCGCCGGCGCGGCUCCGCGGGCAGCGCCUCCGAGGGGGGCAGCGCGGGCGCCGGAGCCCGAGGCGGCGGGCCGUGGCCGCCCUGCGAGGCGGGCUGUCCAGCUGAGGACCGGGAGCGCCGCCGGGCCUGCGACGAGGCCGAGGACGUGGCCGUCCCUCGCAGUCCCGAGGACGUGGACGUCCCUCGCAGUCCUCGGGCUCGUGUCCGUGGGCGCCGGCCCAGCCAGGUCGCCUGCGACGCCGCGGUCGGUGACGCCGACGCCGCGGAUCGGCGGGUCGCGUGGCCCUCCGGGACGCUCACGCCGACGUGGCCCGACGGCGGAAACGGGAGCCCGGCCCGCGAUGCCGACCUGAUCAGCCCAGUGCGGUGCUCUGUCGAGGUGUAGUCGCGAGGUGUCCUCUCCUCCCUCUCCUCCGUCCUCCUCGGCUCUGAUGGCGCUGGAGUUUGGUGACGAACUCGUCGUCGUCCUCCUCCUGCUCCUUCCUUCUCCUGCUGCGUCUCGGUGGAGCAGGUCCCCACGACGUGGCCGCCCGAAUUCGGUAUGCACGGCGCCGUGCGCGCCUUCUGUUUCGCCCCUUCCUCUGCUUCCGGCAUCCUUCGGGGGAAGAGCGGCAUGGGGUCGGGAUCGCAUUUCUGCUUAUGCAGAUUUUUCCUCUGCUUCUGCCUCCUGCCCGCCUGCCUUGCUCCCCCCCCCUGCCUGGGAUAUCCUCCACCCUCCUCCCUCCCUCCCGAGCUGAUGCAGAAGGUGGGCCUGGUACCCUCUACUUGCGCUGCCGUACAGUGUAAAGGGCAUCGCGAGGCUGGCCGACACGGCGAGGCGCUCUGCUGAUGUGACUCAUCCGAGGAAGGAAGAUGGU